UUGAAAGUGGGCUGGCUCCCAGACCCUGCCCUACCUCCCCAAGCUUCACGUGCGGGGACCAGUGCUGUCCUCUGGACUUGGGCUUGGUGGGGAGGAGGCGGAGUGAGUGUGGUCUGGGGAGACUCACAUCUGCUUUGAACAGUCCCAGGACCUGCUGCUCUCAUGCCACCCUUCAGGGAGAGCAGAGCGAGGCCCUGGGGGGGCUCUCCCCCUUCCUGUGAGGCCAUCCAUCCGGGACACGUGACCAGCAACACGGGGCCUGGGCUGGGUCACACCCUGUGCAUCUGUCCGUCCAUCACACUCUGAGGACUUUAUAAGCUGUCUGCACGGCUGAGGACCAUGGGAGGCAGCGCUGGGACCCUGACCCCCACUGCCCUUCUCUACCUUGGGCUGUGUCAGGGCCUGUGGGACCAGGCAGGGACAGUGACCCUCCCCAAACCCUCCAUCUGGGCUGAUCCUGGCCCCAUGGUCACCAAGGGGAGCCCUGUGACCAUCUGGUGUCAGGCGUCUCUGCAGGCUGAUGUCUACUAUCUGUAUAAAGAGAGUGUCUAUGGAUCCUGGCCCGUGAAGACCUCACAGGAUUCCAGCAACAGGGCCAGUUUCUCCUUUGCAUCCAUAAGCUCACACAAUUCAGGGAAAUACCAGUGUGCAUAUCAGAGAAGGAAGAGCUGGUCACAGGGGAGUGACCUCCUGACCCUGGUGGUGACAGGUGUCUACAGGGAGCCGUCCCUCUCGGCCCAGCCGGGCUCCCUGGUGCAGUCUGGAGACAGCCUGACCCUCCUGUGUCGCUCAGAGACUGGCUUUGACAGAUUCGCUCUGACCAAGGAUGAGGAGCUCAGAGCUCCCCAGCGUCUAGAUGGGCAACCCAGCCCCAACUUCACCCUGGGCCCUGUGAGCCGCUCCCACGGGGGCCAGUACAGAUGCUACUGUGGACACAAGCUCUCCUCCACGUGGUCGGCACCCAGUGCCCCUCUGGACGUCCUGAUCACAGGAAUGUAUGAGAAACCGACCCUCUCAGCCCAGCCAGGGCCUUCAGUGUCCUGGGGAGAGAACGUGACUCUGCAGUGUCGCUCUGAGGUCUGGUUUGAUAGCUUCCACCUGUCCAAGGAGGGGUCCCUGGCUCCUCCCCAGGUCCUUCAUCUGCAGGACACAGCGAUACCUUACCAGGUCAAGUUCACCCUGAGUCCUGUGACCUCAGACCACGAGGGGACCUACAGGUGCUACAGCUCACACAGCAACUCUCCCUACCUGUUGUCACAGCCCAGUGACCCCCUGGAGCUCCUGGUCUCAGGUCCCCACUGGUACCUGUACGUCCUCAUCGGGGUCUCGGUGGCCUUCGUCCUGCUGCUCGGCCUCCUCGGCCUCCUCCUGGUCCGACACCGGCGUCGGGGCAAAGGCAGGAAGCCAGCAGUGUCAGCGAAGGUGUCUGAGGACAGGGGCCUGCACGGGAGGCCCGGUCCGGCCGCCACUGCCCAGGAGGAGUCCCUGUAUGCUGUCAUGGAAGACACACCGCCUGAGGAAGACAGACAGCUGGACAGCCAGUUCCAGGCUGCGGUAUCUGACGACCCUCAAGAUGUGACCUAUGCCCAGCUGAACUACUUGACCCUCACACGGGAGACAGGUGCACCCCCUUCCUCCCAACCAGGGGAGCCCCCGGAUGAGCCCAAUGCGUAUGCUUCUCUGGCCCUCCGCUAGCCCAGGAAGGACCCAGACGGCCACUCCAGGGGUCUGCAAGGCUCCCUGCAGGGAUCCUGGAAGGCACAAUAGCUGCCCACAGUGCGUGCUACCUAAGGAGCCUGGAGGCAGGACACAGACCACCAGCAACUCCUGGGACCUUGUGGAAGUUGAUUGCUUCCUGAAUUCCCAUCGUGGCACAGCUGAUCUCACUGUGCCUAGGAGGGUCCCUGAGAAACGCCAAGACCUUUAAUUACCUAGUGGCAACCUUGUGGUGUCAGGGGGAACCCAGCACUAAGCUGCAAGAACUGGGGACCUUCUGGAGGCUUUGCAGUACCCACUGCCAUCACACUGAAGCUGGGCACUUUCAACUGACCUCAGAGCCCAAGGCCUCAAAAGAUCACUCAUGAGCAAUGCUGCAGCCCGAGGGGUUGCUCAAUGCCAGGGCUUCCGGUUUCAUUGAGACCAAGCCCCUUCCUCUGCCAGGUGCAGCUCUCAACAAGGCAGAGAAAAGGGAAGCUGCUCUCCCUCCUUUGUGUUCAGAAACUCCAGAUGCAGGGGGAGGGGAGCAGGGUGCCUCAGCUGCCCCUUUCCAAUCACACCAGUAAGCUUUAAACCAGCUUGCCCUUCCUGUUCAGUGCUCCCCAGCACCUGCAACCCAAGGUUCAGCAUUCAGCUCCUGCCAACCUUAACCCUGACUUCUUUUUGCCAGGGUCAAGGUUCAAAGGGCUAGGGACACUGGGCUGACCCUCCAUUUGCUACUUCCUCUGCCUGGAAAGGAAUCUCUCCACCCCCAUGCCAACAGCUGGCUUGAGAACUUCCCCUAACACCGGUGUCCCCGCUGAAAUAACUGGUGUAUGUUUGUGCUGCUCACGAUUGCACCCCUGCCCCAAGCAGCAAGGACACCAGCUGGU